CUGACAAAUUCUAACCAGAAAUUUACGAGAAUGUCCUACGUCGAUCGCAAGUAUCGCCGGAGCCCUAAAUCAACGCCCCUCCUUCCAAGCAAGCGUGUUGCCGACGGCGAUGGGGAAUUUCACGAGGUCGCCAGCUUUGACGUCGAUGGGGCCUCAUUCUCUGGCGCCGUUUUCAAUCUCUCUACCACCAUCGUCGGCGCCGGAAUUAUGGCCCUUCCCGAAACGCUGAAGCAAUUAGGGAUGUUCCCGGGGCUAAUCUUCAUCGUUCUCGCUGCAAUGUUGACGGAAAAGUCUAUUGAGAUUAUUUUAAGGUUUAGUAAAGCUUCCAAAGCCACCUCUUACUCCGGCUUAGCCUGCGAUGCAUUCGGCAGCGCCGGCCGGACUUUGCUUCAGUUCUGCAUUGUGAUUAACAACGUCGGCACUCUUGUUGUCUACAUGAUUAUCAUAGGUGAUGUGCUAUCAGGGUCUACGUCAGAUGGGGUGCAUCAUUCAGGUGUAAUGGAAGAAUGGUUCGGUCAGUAUUGGUGGACUAGACGAUCUUUCGUGCUGCUUCUAACAGCCCUUUUCGUUUUUGCUCCUUUGAUAUCAUUCAAGCGUGUUGAUUCACUGAGAUACACAUCAGCUUUGUCGGUGGCUUUGGCUGUUGUAUUUGUGGUGAUCACAGCAGGAAUAGCCAUUAUUAAACUGAUAAAUGGCAGCAUUGGAAUACCACGUUUGAUGCCAAAACUUGUUGAUCAGGCAUCUUUUUGGAGGCUUUUCACCGUUGUUCCUGUACUUGUUACUGCCUAUAUUUGUCAUCACAAUGUUCAUCCCAUAGAGAAUGAGCUAAAAGACUCCGCACAGAUGAAGUCUAUAGUCAGGACGUCAAUCACUUUGUGUACAUCUGUUUAUUUAGCAACUAGCUUCUUUGGAUUUCUCCUCUUUGGAGAUCAGACAAUGGAUGAUAUACUCUCCAAUUUUGAUGGCAGUCUUGGGAUCCCAUAUGGCUUACUGCUUAAUGAUGUGGUGAGAGUGAGCUAUGUAGUUCACCUGAUGCUUGUAUUUCCCAUUGUAUUCUUUUCACUUCGCCUCAACGUUGAUGGCCUUGUGUUCCAUCAUGCAAUUCCUAUUGUUUAUGAUAAUAGAAGAUUCUUCUCAGUUACUGCAACCUUAAUCAGUUUCAUCUUUGUGGGAGCCAAUUGUGUACCUAGCAUCUGGGAUGCUUUUCAGUUCACUGGAGCUACAGCUACAGUCUCUGUUGGUUACAUAUUUCCUGCUGCCAUUGCACUUAGAGAUACUCAUGGCAUUGCGACCAAGAAUGACAGGCUUGUGUCAUGGGUCAUGAUACUCCUGGCUGUGUCUUCAAGCAGUGUGGCUAUCUGCAGUGACAUCUACAGCAGUUUUAUUAGCAGUAGAGGAGUUGAUACAUAGCCUGAAAAGAAGAGAGGAUAUAGGAGACUUGUCAUGCAGUGAAGACAUGGAGAGGGUUACAGAUAUUGUUUAAGACUAACUAUCAGGUUCAUCGAUUGUAUUUGCCCUGUACUUCCGGUGCCACACUACUUGGUAAUCUGAGUCCUGAGAAAAUGAAAGCCUUAAUUUACGUUUAAAGGACUAAAGAAUCCCAGAAUCAACUAGAAAUGAGCGAUUCUUGGACAGUCUGAGUUGGGUGUGUUGUCUUGGUUCUGGAGAUGCUGUGGCUCAUAAAAUUCAAAUGUAGGGUGAAUUGCUGGGCAGCCAUCCAUAGAUGCUUUUUUAAAAUUUUGAAGUGUAAUCAAUUUUCUUAAUCUGUACAUUUGGUUAACCAGUUUAGGGCGAAAAUUCAUAGUUUUUUCUCACUCAUGUAGAAAAAUUAGAAAAAUCUGAGCUUCACGGGUUUGCUUCUUGGAUUAUCUUUCCCAGAUGAAACUUCUCUCUGCAGAAUCCCAGUAGGGUGAUGUUGUUGUUACACGCUCCAUUUUCGUCAUAAAUGCAAAUCAAAGGAAUCCCAUGAGCUAUAGUUAUUAGUUAAUUGUGGUCUUCAUGUAAAUCGAUGAAAUACCUGUUUGAACA